AUGCCCGGCAAAGAACCUCCAUCGGACGAGACAGAUGCAUUUACCAAAGCUCUUCGUCUAAUCGUUCUUGCUUCAGGUGACUACUUCAUCCUCACAGGAACCGUCUCUGACAUCGUGGUAGAAGCUCUUCAGCAGCAUUGCGAAUACCUGGCUGGGGCAUUUCGCUCCCUCUUGGGCGACUCCGUCUCUCCCCUCACUCUUCCUCGUCUUAUCGCCUCUCUCUCAGAUUGCAAGCUUCACCUCUCUCGCAUCCUAACCUACCUCUCUACCUAUGCUCUCGCUUCCAACGACCCAGAGAAUCCUGACUCCCUUGCAAUCUUUGACCCCUCCUCCAAAUCACUCUCCGUCUUCCACGCCGAAUGCGAAAAACUCAACAUCCAUUUAGAAAACACAGCUACUUUCGCCCCUCUUUGCCUCUUAGUCACCGGUCAGCACAUUCGUAUGCAAAGAAUUGACGGUUUUGCAACCAAUUUGGCCACUACGGAGCAGUAUUUGGAGUUCACUCGACUCCGGCAGAGAGCACGCCUUCUAGGGCAGCCUUUUGACAUCUGGUUGGCGCGUGCUGGACUCCCAAUUCAACGUGGAGCGGGUGGAGCUGAGGUCGUCCCGAUUUUGGCCUAUUUAGUCACUCUGUGUCUGAGAGACGUUAUUGACCUGGCUCUCGCUAAUAGGCAGAGGUUUGGGAUAGAUCUAUACUCUCAGAUGACGGCGGUGGAGUUGCAACAAGCUAGUUUGAGUAUACGGCGAAUGAAGGGGUAUUUGUGA